AUGAAGGAAGAGUCGGACACUUCUGAGCCACAGGCAUAUCUGAACCUGCGCCGACCGAUGCGCAGGAGCCACAAAAAGUCCCGAAAGGGCUGUCUCGAGUGCAAGCGUCGACAUGAUCGGUCAUUAUCGGGCUCUCCUGGCCCGUCUGCCCCGUUCCUCAACCCUUCUCCAGCAGCCGGGCCGGAGGAUGAGCCUCAUGCAAACAUUGACAUGGUUCAUAUGGAGCUUUUUCACCACUAUCUGACCAUAUCCGAUAAGCAAGACGGCAUUUUUCUACUGGACGAUGGCGGCAUGCGUGAUCUCAUUACCACCAACGCGCUUCGCUAUCCCUACCUGAUGCAUGCCCUACUGGCCGUCUCGGCUCAUCACAUAGGCUUUCUCCGUCCCGCUCAAAGGAGCUUUUACCAUGAUCUCUCCAUUCGCUUACAGACACGCGCCCUCUCACUAUUUAACAACACGGUCGACGUAAACCAGAUCGGCGACUCAGCCGAGAAGCGUGUGCCAAUCUUCUUAUUUUCCUCCGUCCUCGGCUUCCACGCCCUCUGCGACCUCCUCUCGCACCGAGACCCUGACUGGCCGACCGCCUUCCAGCGUUUCACGACCUACAUGCGCCUGCACCGCGGCAUCCACAACGUCAUGGAGGGCCAUUGGGACAACCUCCGCAAGACCGAGCUCGGGCUCAUCUUCGACGUCCUCGUGGCGCAGUGGUUCCAGGUGAAGCCCGAGGGCCAUCAGUGCGAUGACCUGCGUCAGAAGAUCGCGACUUCCCCUGAUCUAGCGCCCGACGAGCGGGAGGGCAUGGAAAAAGCGAUCGACUUCUUGCAGUGGGUUUUCGAUACGAAGCCUAGUCCUAAGAGUCGCGCGUACGCUCUCUGUUCUUUUACAACAUGGAUUGCACGGCCGGUUGUGCGUCUGCUGCAGGCUGGUAAGCCUGAGGCCGUGGCGCUGCUGGCGUACUGGUUCCUGGCGCUGGAUCGGUGUCGCGAGACUUGGAUGAUGCGGGACGCAGGGCAGCACUUUCUGACGCUACUGGCUGAGCACUGGAGGGGCACACCGUGGUUUGAAUGGGUUGAGGUGCCGUUUAGGAUGCUCGGUGGAGACUUGGGAGAGGUGACGCAGGCUGCUGAGUCGUCGGUUCCUCCUGACCCAUAA